AUGGCUACUCUUUCUUUGCUUCCCCAAAGUCUGCCAGGAUUUCUGGGUGCAGCCGCAAUAACCCUCCUCGCUGGGUUUGGUUGCUUAGUCUUCUACAAUCUCUUCCUUCACCCGCUACGCUCCUUUCCUGGGCCCUGGUACACCCGUGCAAGCGUUUUGUGGUUCAUAUACCACUCAUUCAAGGGCGAUGUUCCCUUUUUGCUCCACAAGCUGCACCUCGAAUACGGCCCAGUGGUCCGACUGACGCCGAACGAGAUUUCUUACACUGACCCCAAGGCAUGGAAGGACAUUUACGGUCAUCGUAAUGGCAUUCCGGAGAACGAGAAAGACGCAUCACAGAACUUUGACGCAGACAAAGCACAUCCCAGCAUCAUACACGCCGACAAGGAGAUGCACUCCAAGAUGCGUCGACUCCUCGCCAACGCCUUCUCGGACAAGUCCUUGCGUGAACAAGAACCUGUCAUUAAGCAGUACGUUCAAGUGUUGAUACGUAGACUGCGCGAGCAAGCAGAAGCUGGAAAUACUGUUGAUAUGGUCAAGUGGUACAACUACACUACGUUCGAUGUGAUCGGACACCUCGCACUUGCAGAGUCGUUCGAUUGUCUUCAGAAUUCCGACUACCACCCGUGGGUCUCUGCAAUCGGGGCGGCCAUCAAAUUCGGGGGGCCGAUCCAGGAGAAGCGGGCGCGCGGUCUGCAUCUUACACAAGAAAAACUGGACCGCCGACGAGCAAACGAUCCUCCGUACACCGACCUUCUCACCAAUUUUCUAAAAGCAGAGAGAGAAGGUACUCUGCACCCCCGCGACGUCGACAGCAAUGGCCCAGUCAUAGUUAUAGCCGGUAGCGAAACCACAGCGACGUUGCUCAGCGGAGCGACAUACUACCUCCUCACUCACCCGGAGGUGUACAAGAAGCUGGUUCACGAAGUCCGCAGCGCGUUCACCUCUGCCGACGAGAUCACGCUGAGCCGUGUCAAUGCUCUCCCUUACAUGUUGGCCUGUCUUGAUGAGACGUUCCGCGUGUACCCUCCGUCGAUGAACAGCCACCCACGCCGCACUCCACCCCAAGGUGCUACCAUACUCGGCCAGCACAUUCCCGGAGGGUCUCUUCUGGGCAUGAGCCACUACGCCACGCACAGGUCGCCUUUGAACUUUGCCGAGCCGGACAAGUUCAUUCCGGAGCGUUUCAUCGAUACUGAAGAUCCGCGGUGGGCGAAUGAUAAGAGGGAAGCGUUGCAGCCGUUCAAUUACGGGCCGCGGAACUGCAUUGGUCGGAAUCUUGCCUACAUUGAGAUGCGCAUUGUUAUUGCCCAGGUGUUGUAUCAUUUCGACCUUGAGCUCAUGCCGGAGAGUCAGAAUUGGCUUGAUCAGAAAGUGUAUCUGGUCUGGGAGAAGAAUCCUCUGUUCGUCAGGUUGAAGCCGGUGGCAUGA